GUACUUUUGUCGGAAACAUUUUAGACUUCGUGGUCCACUGUAAAUAUGUCUAGUUGAUAAGUGUCACUUUGCCGAGGUUUUGUGUUGGUCGCACGUGGUGAUAGCAUCGUGGAGCCGACAUUUUAUUAGUGCAGUUUGAAAGAAAUAAAGGACGAUGAAACAACUCUACGUCCUUUACGAACAUGCUGCCGGCUACGGCCUGUUCAGCGUGUCGGAAUUCGAGGAGGUUUCUAUGUUUUUGCCUCAAGUUGAAUCGUCCGUGCAGGACUUGGCGAAGUUCAAUUCGUUGGUGAAGUUGGCGGGGUUUGCCCCAUUCAAGACGGCCGUGGCUGCUUUAGAGAACGUAAAUGCAAUUUCUGAAGGAAUCCUGCCGCAGGAUCUGUUGGUAUUUCUUGAUGGAAUCUUCAGCAAGUUGAAGAAGAAGAAAUGCACCCUGGGAGUAGCUGAUGCAAAGCUGGCGGCCGCCAUCGCCGAAGCGCUUGAGGUGCAGUGCACCCAUAUUGGAGUUGUUCCAGAGAUUUUGAGAGGAAUAAGGCGUCACUUCCAUAAGUUGGUGAAAGGUUUCACUGACAAAAGUGCUGCUGUUGCUCAACUUGGCUUGGGUCACAGCUACUCUCGUGCUAAAGUCAAGUUCAACGUUCACCGUUCCGACAACAUGAUCAUCCAGUCAAUCGCUUUACUCGACCAGCUUGACAAGGAUAUCAACACAUUCUCUAUGAGAAUACGCGAAUGGUACUCUUACCACUUCCCAGAGUUGGUAAAAAUCAUUCCUGAAAACUACAUGUACGCUAAAGCGGCUCAAUUCAUCAAAGACCGCAAGUCUCUGACCGAUGACAAACUCGAAGAGCUCGAAGAAAUUGUAAUGGACUCGUCGAAAGCGCAAGCCAUAAUUGAUGCAGCAAAAAUGUCUAUGGGUAUGGAUAUUUCCGUUGUAGAUUUGAUAAAUAUCGAAAUGUUUGCUGGACGUGUCGUGAAGCUAUCUGAAUAUCGGAAGAAGCUUGCCGAAUACUUGCACAGUAAAAUGACUGGCGUCGCACCCAACUUGCAGUCUCUGAUCGGCGAUCAAGUCGGGGCUCGGCUAAUCUCGCACGCUGGCAGUUUGACGAAUCUUGCUAAAUACCCAGCUUCGACAGUACAAAUUCUUGGAGCAGAAAAGGCUCUGUUCCGAGCUCUGAAAACUCGCAGUAAUACACCGAAAUACGGUCUUCUGUACCAUUCGUCAUUUAUCGGGCGAGCAGGCGCGAAGAACAAAGGUCGCAUUUCACGAUUCCUAGCAAACAAAUGUUCUAUGGCAUCACGUAUCGACUGCUUCAUCGAAAAUCCUACAAAUGUAUUUGGCGAGACCUUAAAGCAACAAGUUGAGGAUCGCUUGAAGUUCUACGAAACCGGCGAACCGCCACGGAAGAAUAUUGAAGUCAUGGCCGAAGCCAUGGACUUGGCGGCCGAUGAAGCCCAAAGUAAAAAGAAGAAAGACAAGAAGAAGAAAAAGAAGUUGGACGCAUCGAAUGCCGAUAGUACAGCAAUGGACACUACAGUUAAUGAUGACGACGCCGCAGUUGAGAACGGCGAAGUUAAGAAGAAGAAGAAGAAAAAGAAGAAGCUGGACGAGAACAAUACAACAAAUGAUGUAAUGGAAGUGAGCAUUCAGGGAGAUGAGGCAGAGAAUGGAGAAAAGAAGAAAAAGAAGAAGAAAAGGAAAUCUGAGUCAAUGGAUGUGACGAAUGGAGAUGCAGAUGAAAGUGUAGUGACUCUCGAGAAUACUUUUGACACUGAAAAUAAUGACCUGCCGAAAAAGAAGAAAAAGAAAAACAAGAAUGUGGAAUAGUUUUUUUUAAAUGUUUAUAUAUAGAAUAUAAUUACCUUUUUGAAUUACAUACAAAGUAUAUGUAAUAUGGCAUAAUAAUAGUUUUAAUAAAUUCUUCUAAAAAUA